AUGACAAAAUUGUUUUUUAAUUAUGUAUUUAUAAAAUUUUUAUUGUUCUUUAUUUUUGUGAAAAGUGAAGAUGAUAUAAGCAAUACAUUUUUUAAAUUUGAAAAUUGUGAAGCAACAUCUACAUUUCCAAGUAUUGGAGAAAAUGGAUUACCUCAAUAUGCAGCUGAAAAUGCUAUAACAAAAGGUUCAGGUUAUUGGUGUUCAGAAGGAAAACAUAACGCUAAUGAUAUUGUUUCAUGGACAGGUCAUUUAAAAAAUGUUAGAUCUCUUAAUGGAAUUAUAAUACAUUGGGCUUAUUCCCCAGGGGAAGUUUCUGUAUUAGCUAGUUACGAUGGCAAUGAACCAUAUGAAGAAAUAGUACCAUACCAAGUUAUUGAGUCUAGGGCUGGAAAUGUUGUUCAAAAUAUUAUAUUUAACCAUGUAAUUAGAGCAAAAUCUAUUAAAUUGGUGAUGAGACAUGCAAUACAUGAAUAUUUUGGUAUUAAUUUCGUGAAUGUAUUGGGUUCCAGAGAUCCAACUCUAAGAAUACAGAGUGGAAUGACUAGUUUAACACAAGACCUGUGUUUACAAAUAGAUGAAACGAAUGAAUUAGUUUUAGAUGGAUGUAUUAAUUCUAUUUCUUAUUUAGAUGGUAGAGACUUAUGGAAAUUGAAUGCAAAAAAUCAAAUUUAUAAUCCAAUUAAUAAUUUAUGUAUAACUUUAAAAGAUAAUUUAACAGCUAACGGAGGUAAAAUUAUACUUGAGGAUUGUAGUUCCAGCUUAGAACAUAAUGAUGGUCGUAGUAAUUGGCAAUUAUUACCGAAUAACCAAUUGAAAAUUUUAAGAAACGGAAAUUUUUGUUUAUCACAAGAUGGUUCAAAAUCAGGUAGUUUAGAUGUUGCACUCCAUAAAGAAGCUACUUCCACUCUGUCUAGACAAGAUAAAAAAUUUUCUCCAGAUAAAGCUGUAGAUGGAAACUUAGAUACAUUCUGGAUUUCUCAAGGUUUUAACAUUGAUACAGCGCCUGAUUCUGUUUACUUUGAUGUGAAUUUAGGAAGUAAAUAUAAAUUACAGAAAGUCAUAAUUGACUGGAAGUAUCCAGCUACGAAAUAUUCUAUAUUUUUGAGUACUGAUGGAGAAAAUUAUAAAGAGGUAAGUAGCAACUUGGCUAAUUUUUUAAGAAGUACUAUAAAUAAUUUACAUAAUACAGAGGCUCAAUUUAUUAAAUUGAAACUUAUAACACCUAAUCCUGAGUUUUCUGAAGAGGAUGAAUUAUUUUAUGGCAUUAAAAAGUUCUCAGUAUACUCUAAUAGAAUUAAAUCAAUUGUGGAUGAUUGUGACAAAGCAAAAGAUGCAGAUGAUGCAAGAGAUAAGUAUUUUUUUGAAUUCGUUUCCGAAGUACAUAUGCAAGAAGGUAAAGAAUUAAAAAGAUUAGAUAAAGAAUUACAACAGUUUGCAGAAAAAAUACAAAAUGAGGCAUUAAAAAUUCAAAAAUUGAGCCCUCAGCUGAAAAAAUGUAAAGCAGAAAAAGAAAAAAGACAUAGUGAAAUAAGUAAUAUAAAAAAUACUAUUCUUAGAAAUAUUUAUGAUGUAAUCAGUCAAACUCAGAAUAUAAUUAAUAUUAACUCGUUAAGUACAUAUUAUUCUACUUCAACAAAAGAAUUAGGUCAAACACCAGAAAAUCCAGCUGACAACUGUUUUCAUUUAAAAAGAACAUUACCUAGUUCACCAUCUGGUUUUUAUUACGUUUUACCAUCAUGUUCUCAAAAUGUUUUAAGAGUAUUUUGUGAUAUGAGAAUAGGAGGUACAUACUACGUUCCUCCCAUAGAUACUAAUUUAAUUAAAGAAUUAAAGGAUGUGGAAAAUGUAUGUGCAACAUACGGUUUAUAUCCUAUUCAUUUACAUCACGAAAAUCAAAUAAAUUCUUUAAAAAAUUUAUUCCAUAUUAUGAAUAUAAAUAUAACAAAUCCAGUUCCUCUAGCCAUUAGAAGAAGUGCAGAAGCUUUUUUUUCUUUAGAUUUUCAAGAAAAUGUUCACGAUAUUGUAUCAAAAUUUGGAAAUCCUACUGGAAACACUUUUGGUGUAAAUAGUGAAGGAGUUGCUUUUUUUGAUUCAUCUAAUUCUGAAAUGUCUGCAUUUGUUUGUUCUGAUAAUAUUAAUUCAAUUAAUUUACCCGAAACCUUUAUUAAUUUAAACUGUAAAACCACUUUAAAAGAAGCUAAUGAAAUCGAUAAAGUUGUUGGAAGCGAAUAUUUAGUUAAAUGUCCUCAUGAUUGUUUAGAAAGAGAUACUGAAGCAACUGUAAUUGGAGGGGAUGGAAGUAUAUAUUCUGAAGAUAGCUCUAUUUGUUUGUCAGCUAUUCAUGCAGGUGCUUAUGAUAAGCAUUUCUUAAUUCAUCUAAGAAUCGUAAACGCUCUAAAUGAAUUUGAAGGAAUUUUUCAAAAUGGCAUUAUAUCUGAAAGUUAUGUAAAUAACAAUCAAGAAAUGGCUUUUAAAAUGUUUAAUGUUACUCCCAAAUGUCCAGGUCCUUCUUAUACACGUGAUUUCACUUUUCUGGAAAUCGAUAACUCUAAGGAUUAUAUGGAAGAGAAGGAAAAUAUUUAUGUAGACCCAUCUACUGCAGAUGCGAUAAACGAUUUAAUCACAAUUGUUAAUAAGCAAGUUGGAAGUUCUGAUCCAACAUUUUUAGCUUUAAUAAACAAACAAGUUAUAAAAAUAGUUUCUAAUGCAAGAAGAUAUUUAAAGCCAACAGAACAUUUUGAAAAAAAUAUAGAAUUAUUGUCUAAUGAGACAUUAAAAGAUGUUCAAAAAGUAUCUCACUUGAUAAAAUUAUUAUCGUCAAAAAUUAAAUCUGAGAUAGAUAAAGGAAAGUAUAAAUUAGAAACAUUGAUAGAUGAAAGAUUAAGACAAAAGGAAUUUGAAUCUUGGAAAUUAGAAAGCACAGAAAAUAUAUACGAUACAUUAGAAAUAAUAAAUUCAGUACAAUUACAACAAGGAGGGAAAUGGAAUAUAAUGGAAAAUCCUUUAGAUGAAGGCAUAACAGGAACCACACUCAGUCAAAAUGUACGUGUUUUAAAUUCAUCCCUUGCAAGUAAUUUGUUUACUGGUUCGUUUGCUUUUUUAAGAUAUAAGUCUUUUUAUGAUUUUGUGUUUUCUACAUAUAUUUAUGCAAAAGGAACAGGAUCUGUUGGACUAAUUUUCAGGGCAUAUGAUAGAUACAAUUAUUAUAUGUUUGAAUUAAACAAUAGCCAAAAUGGAUUUAAAAGAUUAUUAAAAUUUGAAAAUAAUGAAGCAACAGAAUUAGCUAUUAUCAACGAUGGAGGAUUUGAUGAAGGAAGUUGGUUUGUAGUAAGGAUAGAAUGCAGAGGUUCUAAAAUAAAAAUUACUACCAUUAAAACAAAUAAACCAAUCUAUGAAUUGCCUAAUCCUAAUAUAAUAGUAAGUGAUGAUUUUAACUCAGGAGGAACCAUUGGUUUUUACACUUACGGAGUGGAUAAUGCCCAAUUUACGAAACCUGUUGUUGAAUCUACUGAAUGUUUAGCAAAAGAUACUAUAUAUAAUAAUGUUUCCCCUUUAAGUUGUAAUGUAUAUGAGGAAUUCUUUGUUGGAAAAUUCAACAAAUCAUAUAUAGUAUUUGAUCCAGAAAAUAGUGUUGGUGGACCAUCAAACUGGAGCUAUUUUAAUAAUAUAGGAAAUGAAAAACAUGUAAUUUUACAAAAAUCUAAUAUUAGAGGAGGUGCACAUAAUGAGAUACCCUCUUUCAUUAUUUUACAAAAUAAAAUUUGUCAAGAGGGAAUAUUCAAAUUUUCUAUUUAUCCUGAAUGUAGCAAUGGUAUUGUAGGUGCCAUAUUUAAAUUUUUAGAUUCCAAUAAUUAUACUAUAUUAGAGAUAGGUUCUACUUUUACUCGUUUAAGGCAAAAUAUCAAUGGAAAAUUUCAAAUAUUAGCUAAAUCUAUUAUUUCCGCAUAUAAAGAAAAAGUAUGGAAUCGUGUAACCAUAUCAUUUAGUUCAAAUAGUAUUAAUGUCAAUAUGGGUAGUGGUUUAAUGACAUACCCAAUUUUUAGUUUAAUAGGACUAAACUUACAGAGUGGAAAUGAAGUUGGUUUUACUUCUUAUAAUUGUAUAAAUGUAGCAUUUAGUAAUAUUUUCCUUCAUCCUUUAGAUUUUAAACCCUACAGUCCUAUCCCACCGUCAGCUUCCGAAAAUAUGGUUCCUAUUUUUUCAAAAAUAGGAGAAGAUACAAUAAAUGAAGAAACAAAAAAGGAAAUAAAUCAUAUAGAGAAGGAAGAAAUUGAUGAAACAAAAAAAGAUUCUGAAAUUGUUAGACAUUCUUUUGAUGAACCAAAUAAUGAUAUUAAAAAAGAUAUAUACUACUGUGCCACUCAUAAAAAUAUCAUUGAUAGAUUAGCUUAUUGCGAUAAAUAUCAUAAGGAAAAUCCUAGCUGCCAAAAUGAAUUCUGCAAAACUUGCUGUGCAAACAUUGACUCAGAAAAUGAUGAAAAUACGAAAACAUGUGAAAAAUUAUGUCAAAAAUUGGAUGAUAAAGUUUUUCAAACAUCCGAAAUUUUUAACUUUCUUAAAAAUUCAUGUAUUGAAUCUCCUAAUGAAGAAUUAAAAAAUUCAUGCGAAAAUGAUAAUAAUAAAGAGGAGUGCUUAACAGAAAUGUGCCAAAUGUGCUGUCAAUCAGUUACUGUACCACCAGAUCUAAUUACUAAUGAUGUAAAUAUGAAUUCUAUAGUAAAUCAGUGUAUAUCUUUAUGUGAAUAA